AUGAAGCGGUUAGCUUUCUCGGAACUACUACACCUGUGCCUACUUCUGUCAAGUGGGCUAUCAGCAGUGCUUGCCGAUUCAAACGACUGGGUCAACGUUGACUACGUGAUAAAACAAAUUGGCGGAGACGCGUCCAGCGACACUGCCAGUGCGCGACAAGCUAUCAUCAACAGUGCGAGCAGCUCCGCAAAAUCCGGACCGUGGACUGUUGUUGACAAAGGUAGUGUCCAGCCUCCCAGCGGCGAUCCUCGCGAUUACCUCAGCUGGGCCCCGUACCAUUGGCCAAACUGUAACUGGUGCACUAAAGGCACCACUCACUUAUCCAACCCUGGAUCAAAUGGUCCCGACGAUGGCUCUGGAGAUGGCACUGAGGACGGUGCAGGGGACGAUGGUUCCAAUUCAGACUCUGGCCCUGACUCAGAUCCGUACGAUGACGGUGGCGACUCCGAAGACGAUGGAGGGAUUCUCAUCGUAAUCCGUGAUCAUGGAUCUGUUGUUUCCACACGUACGCAUGGAAUAUAUGGGCCCCAUCGGAGAAUGAGAAAAUUUCGUCGCUCUGACCACCUUUUUGAGGCUAGCUCGGCCGCAGAUGGCGUCUCAAAUGCACACCCACUGUCUGGAAAUCAUGAUAUGCAUGCACCCGAUGGUCUCGAACCUCGUGAUAAUUUACCCACUGGCUACAUUCCGACCUUACCGUCAGGCACUAUUCCACCGCUCUCGUAUCCAGGUAGCAGCUCUUCGAGCACCGUCGGUACAAUUGCUGGAACUCCCGCGCCUGCUGAAGCCCCCGCAAAGACACAAUCAAGUCAAGCUUCAUGCACACCAUCUCCUACCAAGUCUUUAGCUCCAAGCGCCACGUGGACGACCUGUCCCUACGAGGUUCAUGAUGGGAAGGUCAACCCAGACGUGCGGACCCUACCCGACUCCCCUGCGGUCGUCAGCAUGUCACAGUCCGUCCUUUACAACAGCCUGGCUUAUGCUAUGCAAAAGACUGCUGCGUAUUCACAAAAUGCCGCAAAGUUCGUUGACGCGUUCUUCCUCUCGUCGACAACCGGGGUGCAUCCAAACAUGAAUUUUGGCCAGAUGGUCCGGGGUCCAGGCAAGGACCAUCAAGUCGGGACGUUCACGGGAGUCCUGGAUUUGCGCGGUCUAGUCAAGGUGGUGAACGGGAUACAGUUGCUGAAGGCGGCCGGAAGCCCUGAUUGGACUAAAACGAGAGAUCAAACGAUGACGAGCUGGAUGAACCAGUAUAUCACCUGGCUACAGACAAGUGAUAUUGGCCAGCAAACAGCAUCGAAAGCUAAUAACCAUUUCUCGUUCUAUGUCAACCAGUUGGCGGCCGCGAAGCUCUAUGUUGGAGAUACUAAGGGUGCAAUUUCGGCCAUACAAGGCUAUUUUUCAAACCAGUAUUUGGAUCAGGUUGCUGCGUCAGGCGAGCAGCCUUUCGAAGCCGUACGAACUAGACCAUUCCACUAUCGGUGCUUCAAUCUUGAGGCGAUGAUCACGAACGCAAAGAUGGGAGACCAGCUGGGCCUCAACUUAUGGACUGCCAAAUCUAAGUACGGUGCCACAAUUCAGACUGCUCUGGACUACGUAAUGGGUCUCGAUCCUAAAGGCGAGGAUGUUUCAGACAUCUUCCCCCAUGUGGCUGCCGUUGCUGCAGCUUAUGGAGAUCCAAAGGGAAAGUAUGCGGCAUUCUUGGAAAAGCAGAUUAGCACCUACAAGAAUACGCCCUUCUGGUUCUACGACCAGAGCAGUGCUAUACCCAACUCGCCUGCGGCGCAGUCUACGCAUAAGCGCCAGGUUGACGAACUUGACGACAAUCUCGAUAGGACAACGUCAUUUGUGGCUCGCCCCGAAGAAAUGGUACUCGAUGUGGUCAACGAGGUUGCACAGAUUCCAUUCGAAUGCCCUGCGGCAUUCGCAAAUGCGCCAGCAAUAGAGGUGGACGACGACAUCUGGGUGACCUGUGCCGAGCUCAAGCCGUUGUAUGAAAUAUACACAUCGAUUAGUUCCAAUUCUUCUGCUCCUUCUAUGUAA